AUGGCGACUCUCGAGCAAGAACUCCUGGCGGAUUUCGCAGACAGUGGUGACGAGGACGUUCAGGACCUGGAGAAUGACUUUGCUGAGGGCUCGGGCGAUGACGAGGACAUGGUAGAUGAGGAGGCGCAAUAUCGGGAGAAGAAGGACAAGGAAGACAAGGGCCCUGCCGACAUCCGAUCCGCUCAGCAGCUCAAGACGAACCUAGACCCCGUCCUCAAGCGCAUCGAAGAGACCAAGGACCAGAUGGACAUAGUCGAGGGCGAGUCUUUCGAGGAGUCUCCAGAAUACCAACUCCUCACCGAAGCAAACGAAUUCUCCACGCAGAUCGAUGGCGAGACCGCUACUGUCCACAAGUUCAUCCGCGACCACUACUCAGCAUUCUUCCCCCAUUUGGAAGAUCUAAUCAAGAAUCCCGUCGUCUACGCUAAAGCAUGUUUGGUCAUUGGUGGUGGGCCUCUGUCAAAUAUCAAAGACAUCAGCCCCAAGCUUCGGCAAAUCGAGGGAAUGGAGCCCGCCCAGGUCAUGAUCGUUGAAAUUGAAGCCACACGCGUCGAAGGCAGACUCCUCAACGAAGCUGAGCUCGACCUGGUCUCGAGCGCCUGUCACCUGCUCCUUGAGCUGCACGCCGCAAAGUCCAAGAUUCUGGGUUUCGUCGAGUCCCGAACCGAACUGUUUGCGCCCAACCUGACUGCAUUGAUCGGUAGUUUGACCGCCGCCCAUCUCAUCUCAUACUCUGGCGGUAUCGCAAACCUAGCCAAGACUCCUGCUUGCAACAUCGCCCCCCUAGGGUCAACUAAAGUCUCGGGAGCUACUGUCGGUCUUUCGAACAUGGGUCUGAGGCAUGAGGGCUACCUCUACCAUAGCGACAUUAUUCAGAACCAGAGGCCGGAUCUCAGGAAGCAGGCUCUACGUAUCGUGUCUGCCAAGGUCAUCCUAGCCGCUCGUGUGGACGCCCAUUCCAACUCCCACACCGCCGACAUAGGUAUGGAUCUGAGGAAAGAAUGUGAACGUCGUUUGGAUAAGCUGGUUGAGAUGCCGGCCAACCAAAAGGCUGGAGGAAGGGCUCUCCCCGUACCUGAUGAGAAACCAUCUCGCAAGCGCGGUGGAAGAAGAGCCCGAAAAGCCAAGGAAGCAACCGCUAUGACCGAAAUCCGCAAAGCGCAAAACCGGAUGACUUUCGGCAAAGAAGAGAAGGAGGUCGGAUACGGUGACUCCGUAAAGGGUAUGGGCAUGAUCGGAGCAACCGAUACAGGUCGCCUCCGCGCCCAACAAAUCGACCCCAAGACGCGAGCCAAACUCAGCAAGAAGAACCCAGGUUGGGGUGGCGACACCACACUGGGCGCAGCAUCCUCGCUCAAAGGCUUCGGCGCAGGUGGCACGGCAACCAGUCUCCGCGCACAAGGUCUACGGACUGGUGGUGUGGGACUUGGUGGCGCUGGCACAAAUUCCAUUGCGUUCACGCCUGUUCAGGGCCUAGAGCUUAUUGAUCCAAAGGCUCGGGAGGAGGCGAAUAGGAAGAGGAAGGCGGAUGAGGAUAGGUGGUUCAAGGGCGGCAGUUUCACACAGCUUAACGGUAGCUCGAAGGUGGAUGCUGGGGGUUUCAAGGUGCCUGCGUUGCCGAAUAAGAAGCCAAAGACUGAUUCUUAA